AUGGCGAGUGAUGAAGAGGAUGGCGACAUCAAGCUUUUGGCCGAUCUAACAAGAACACGAGUAUUCAAUCAUGAACAACUUCAAAUAGAGCUUGAAAUGGCGGCGCUUUCCCUGCAGCGCCAAAAGAAAAUUGCAACUGUACUAGUCAAAAAAUGGAACCAUUACAAAGAAGAAGACGCAUUCACUCUCGCGUCGGCUGCAGAGCAACUGCGCAUAACGGCCCAAUGCAUUCGUGAGGCGGAGGUGACGAAGGAACGGAUCCUUCGCAUGGGAACGCGUUAUCUGAUUAUGGAUUCCUGGCACGAGUAUAUGACUCAAUAUGGAGAAUCUUCUGGUUUUGGUCGGCAGAACUGGUUGAAAAGAGAGCGCGAUUACCCGUUCGGACCUGAAGCAAUCCUCGAGUUGAUGACCAACCAAAGGGACGUCUUGAAUAUUGAGAUAAAGGAAAUGACAGCGAUGUUACAGCGCCAGGAAAAGGAGAUGCGAGAAAAGCAUGAACUAACGAGUUUUCAGGUUCAAAGGAUCGUCAGAAAAGAAAUCGAGUCGCUCCAAAAUCAGAUCGAGUCGAUGGCCGAGCUUGACAGGAGGAAGAAGAAGGAGGUGGCCAAUGAACCCCCUCAAGAUGACGUGCAAAGGGAAGCACCCCCCUCUGGUGAUAAGACAGACGAGUCUGAAGGAGAGGCCCAAGUCGUUGAUGAGGAAAACGAUGACGAGGCACAUUGGAAGAGGAUGGUCCGCGAGGUCACAGAAAAAACGAGUUUCGAAAGUUCCGGACAGGCUGAAAUGUCAGCCGAAUUGAGUCAGGAGAACCCAACGAUGUCAGCCGAAUCGAGUUAUGAGCACCCAGCAGUGUCAGCCGAUUCGAGUCAUGAGAACCCAACAGACGAGGAGCCAACACCCAAAAAAAGGGCAGACUGGCAUACAGCAAUUACUAAUCGCAUGAGUUUCUUAGAGGAAAAACGGAACAGAAUGCAACACGAUCUCAGUCGAUACCCUUAUAGGGAUCGGGGUGAUCGGUCCCUUGGAAUUGCUCCUUGGACCCGAUGCGCGUUCUGCGAAGAAGAAGGUGAUCACUUCUCAGAUGCAUGUCCUCGAGUUCGUGAUGGAGAUUCGCGUUAUGAUAUUGUGAACCAAAAGGGACGGUGCAUCCACUGUUUGGAAGGUCCACGAGGCCAUCACUGUAGAUACAGGACGCGUGAGUGCUGGUAUUGUUUUAGGCUGAGUUCGACUGUAUUUGCAGAUUUGAGACCAGGUGACGGAGGCCUCCACCAUCGCGCGUUAUGUAAUGUUCCAAAUAAGAAACACAUAGCUGCUGCACUGGUGGAACAGGUGGAGAGUGAAAUAUACAUCCUGAAAAGAGACGAAUCAAUGGUUCGUUGGUGA